AUGAUCGAGCAGUUCGUCAAUUUCGUCAUCCGGCCGCCUCGGUCAGAGUAUAACCCAGAUCAGUACUUAUGGGAGAGAGAGUUUAUGCUCGCAGGGCGAAGGUAUAAACGACUAGACUUGGAGCUCACAAAUCCAAGGGGCCAUACCUUGAAAUGCAGCCACUAUCUUCCUGCUUCCGUUCCAGAAAAUAUUGCCCUCCCGUGUGUGAUCUACUGCCAUGGAAAUAGCGGAUGCAGAGCAGACGCAAAUGAAGCCGCUGUAGUACUUCUUCCUUCAAACAUCACAGUUUUCACACUAGACUUUUCCGGUUCAGGUCUAUCGGACGGAGAUUAUGUCAGCCUUGGUUGGCAUGAGAAAGAGGACCUCAAAUGUGCAGUAUCAUUCCUGCGCACCAACAAGCAAGUUUCCCGUAUAGGCCUUUGGGGGCGAUCGAUGGGUGCUGUUACAAGCCUACUAUAUGGAGCAGAAGAUCCCUCAAUUGCUGGCAUGGUAUUGGAUAGUGCUUUCACCAACUUGUAUGGCUUGAUGUUGGAACUUGUGGAUGUUUACAAAAUUCGAGUUCCUAAAUUCACGGUUAAGAUGGCUGUACAGUACAUGCGACGAACCAUUCAGAAAAGAGCGAAGUUUGACAUAAUGGACCUUAAUGUUGUAAAGCUUGCUCCCAAGACAUUUAUUCCUGCAUUAUUUGGACAUGGUCUGAGUGACAUGUUUAUUCAGCCUCACCACUGUGAUCGUAUUCACGAAGCAUAUGGGGGGGAUAAAAGUAUGGUAAAAUUUGAGGGUGACCAUAAUUCCCCAAGACCUCAAUCUUACUAUGAUUCGGUUUCGAUAUUUUUCUACAAUACUCUGCGUCCUCCCCAGUUGCCUGCAUCAGGCUCAAAUAAGCUACAUGUAAAAAUUGGUACCAUGGCCAAUGAGAGUUUGUUCUUUGAGAUCAUCAAUGGUCUGAGGGCAGCUAAAACCGAUGCAGGCAGUUCAUCAACAAAUGCACAUGGCUUUCGAAAUUCUACAACUUCGGUAGUUGAAUUACUAUCGGAGAGCGCGAAUCAGUUGUCCAUUAAGAAUGACAAUGACUUGGAUUUCCUCUUAGAUGAGAAUCAUAACCUAUCUGGUGCAGAUGGUGAUAGUGUUGGACUGCAUUUGCAGGAUAAAACCAGUAGGCACAACGAGGAGUCCUGCUCAUACACAAGCUCAAACAGAGAAAGUUGGGGCAGAUGUUCAUCGUUAGGUGCGGCAAGUGAUGGAUCAUUCUCACGCGGCGUUGGUGAUAAGCAUGAGAACAUGACGGUAAAUGCUCUGGCCACGCCGCGGAGACACGAACAGAGGAAACUGGCCAAAUCAUCGCCCCCGAAAACGAAGGAGAAGAAGAUCCAUGCCCUGUGGAAGAAGCUCAAGCGCGAGAGGGAGGAGAUGGGGGACAGCCUCUCCCAGCGCCUGAGGAUGUGCCUCGGGCAGUCUCCUCGUCACAGGCGAACCCAAUCGUCAUCUGGACGGCAACUAUAG